UCAGGCAGAGGGAUGCUUCGAUAAUGGUGGAUCGCCUGAGCCGGGAGGACGGUGGUCGGUAUCGGUUCCGCGUGGAGAUCAAUGUUGGAAGCUUUCAACUUCACGUCCUAACGGCCCUGUCUGUGAGAGCUCCUGAUGGGAACGGCUCAGUGGUGACCGGGACUGAGGGAGCUUCGGCCACGUUACCCUGUAUGUUCACGCGGCCCCCGCACUACCUCAACCUACACAGGGUGACGUGGGUGAGGAAGGAUCCCUACCGACACAUCGUCACCUUCACACACCAUGGAAAUGGGUCCUGGGCAGCGGAAAACAGAGUGACUUGGUACGAGCUCGUCGGGGACCCAGAGCAGGGAAACGCCUCGACCAGGAUCAAGCAGCUGAGUGCGGAGGACAGUGACGGGUACCUGUGUCUGGUGGAGUUCAGGAAACCGGACGAUGACCUUUAUACAGCCUCCGGCGACUACUACAGAUUCAAAACAAACUCUCAGUUGAUCCAUCUGUCCCAGCAUGAGGUCCGUCUGCGGGUCAGACCCGGAACAGAUAUCUUCCCCAUUCUGAUGUUGUGUAUCCCACUCGGAUUGAAAACCCUCGCGCUUUUAGUGAUGUUCGUCGUUUACUGCAGUGACAAACUCGGAAAGCGACGAGACUGAUCCAUCGCAGGAGGCUGAGAAGCCCAGUUCUCCAACCACAAGGCGCAGCCGACCCGCCCGCCCCGCUCUGAAACCGUUUGUGGAUCUAAGCUACAUGUGAGAUAACAAUCAUUGGUUGUGACCCCUGGCACCGACUGCAAACGUUAUCCAGUUCAUGAUCCCGAUGGUAGAUCUCUGUAUUAUGAUUGAGAUUUCUGUGUGCCACUGUGAAAAUUGCUUUAAUCCCUGUUUCUGAUUUCAACAGAGGUAGCAGUGGGUAGGACUGUGCAUUAUCCCGGUCAGAGAGCCAUUAUCAGUAUUGCACGAUUGCUAACCUCUAUUUUAGUCCUUUAUCCUGAGUGGAUUCUGUACAUGGGCAUUGCUAAUGGAAACCUCUGUUGUACUAUUCCGAGAGGAUGGGUGCAAUAGAAGGAGAAUGCAGAGAAACUCCGUUAAUCCGCCACACUCGAGACUUUGGUGGUGCCGGACUGGCAGAUUUCCUGAAUCUCUGAAUGGCAUAGAAUAGAGAACAUAGAACAGCUCCUUCUGCCCACCAUGUCUGAGCCUAGCAUGAUGCCAAAGGAAACUAAUCCCAUCUGCUCGCAAAUGAUCCCUACCCCUCCAUUCCCUGACUGUUCAUCUGCCUGCCUCUUAAACGCCACUAUUAUAUCUGCUACUACCACCAGCCCUGGGAGCGUGUUCCAGACAUCCACCACCCUCUGUGUAAAAAUCUUGUCCCGCACAUCUCCCUUUAACUUUCCCCUCUGAGGGCAGGCAUGGAAGUGUAGCGGUUAGCGUAACGCAUUUACGCCGCCAGCGAUUCGGAUUCAAUUCCGGCCACUGUCCGUACGUUCCCCCCGUGUCUGCGUGGGUUUCCUCCGGGUGCUCCGGUUUCCUCCCACAGUCCAAAGACGUACGGGUUAGGAAGUUGUGGACAUGCUAUGUUGGCGCCGGAAACGUGGCGAC